AUGGGAGCUCUAGAACGGAUAAGGAAGCCGGUGCCCGACGAACAAUUCGGCAAGUUUGUCGAGGUAAUUAAGAAGCUCUAUGUCAACAUACUGCUUCUAGACGCUAUGCAGGUUUUGACGUACGCCAAGUAUAUCAAGGAUAUCCUUGGAAACAAGAGGACUUUGCCCACCACCGAGGUCGUGCAGCUCACAGAAGAGUAUAGCACAACUAUACUCGAUCCUCUCCUGGAGAAGAAGAAGGAUCCAGGAUGCCCCACGAUCACAUGCUCAAUCGGGAGCGAACACUUCACACAUGCUCUUUGUGAUCUGGGAGCAAGCGUCAGCGUCAUGCCCAAGAUAGUUUAUGAUAAACUUAGCCAUCAUGUGCUUGCUCCUACUACCAUGUGCUUGCAGCUAGCGGAUCAAUCGGUCCGCUAUCCCGUGGGGAUAGCGGAGAACAUUCCAGUGAAAAUAUGGAAUUUCUUCAACCCCACCGAUUUCGUCGUUCUCGACAUGGUGGUCGACACCAAGACCCCUCUCAUCCUGGGGAGGCCAUUCUUGAGCACCGUGAAUGCUCACAUUGAUGUGGGAGCCAGAGAAAUCCAGCUCAACAUCAAUGGGAAGACGGAGAAGUUUGCCUUCCGACCGAAGGUCGAACAGUGCUCCCAGGUCAACGCAUUCACCUAG